AAAGUAGAAUUGCUUGUUCUGAAUUUCUACCCUGCACUGACAGUGAUGAAUUUUAUAAUUUCUUUUUGCAGCGUAUUUGAAGAUCUGAAGACAGAAGUUUCAAAAUGAACAGGUGUAAGCGUUAUGCCGGAAACAUUGACUCUCUGCUCCUCGGAUGCUGCCGGACCUGCUGUGCUUUCCCAGUGCUGCGCUUUUUGACUCUGACAUCAAUGUCUGACAGUCACCCAAUCCAUCAGGACCGCAACAAUUUUCAACUAUGAUUCUGUGAUAAGGAAACAAGCUUUUUGGUUCUUGUUUGAGUACUUUAUCAGCAUCAGUGGGACUGGAUGAGAGACCCUACUGUUGCAGCGCACUGAGCGUGGAGCGUGUAACAGCUAUACGGCCUGAAAACAGGAAUUCACAGUGGGGAGGGGCUGUACAAGUGUUUGCGUACAGCUGAAGCUUCAGCCAUGGAGAAACCGGAGGAAUCCCGUACUGUGGAGAAACCAUGGAAGUGUGGUAACUGUGGGAAAGGCUUUCGUGCCCCGUCUGCCCCAGAGGCUUAUCAGCGCAGCCACACCGGGGAGAGGCCAUUCUCCUGCCCAGUCUAUAGGAAGGCCUUCAGCAAAUCCUCCGACCUGCUAAAGCACCACCAGAUCCACAGAGGGGAGAGGCCAUUCAGCUGCCCUGAGUACGGCAAGGCCUUCAGCAAUUCCACCACCCUGCUAACCCACAAGCGGGUCCAGGCAGGGGAGAGGCCCUUCAGCUGCUCAGAGUGUGGGAAGGCCUUCAGCAAUUCCUCCGACCUGCUGAAGCACCAGCGGGUCCACACAGGGGAGAGGCCAUUCUCUUGCCCUGACUGCGGACAGGCCUUCGGUGAUUCCUCUGCCCUGCUGACCCACCGGCGGGUCCACACAGGGGAAAGGCCCUUCAGCUGUCCCAACUGCGGGAAGGCCUUCAGCAAAUCCUCUGACCUGCUGAAGCACCAGCGGGUCCACACGGGGGAGAGGCCGUUCUCCUGCCCGGAGUGUGGGAAGGCCUUCAGCUAUUCCUCUGCCUUGCUGGCCCACCGGCGGGUCCACACCGGGGAAAGGCCCUUCAGCUGCCCCGAGUGUGGGAAGGCCUUCAGCAGUUCCUACAGGCUGAACCACCAACGGGUUCACACGGGUGAAAGGCCUUUCAGCUGCUUAGAGUGCGGGAAAGCCUUCAGCAAUUCCUCUAACCUGCUGACCCACCAGCGAGUCCACACACAGGAGAAACCCUUCAGCUGUCCCGAGUGCGGGAAGGCCUUCAACAGUUCCUCCCAACUGCUGACCCAUCAGCGGGUCCACACAGGGGAGAGGCCGUUCCCCUGCACAGUGUGUGGGAAGGCUUUUAGCAAUUCCUCCAACCUGCUGAACCACCAGCGGGUCCACACGGGCGAGAAGCCCUUCACCUGCUCUCAGUGUGGGAAGGGUUUCACCCGCUCCUUCAACCUGCGGAGCCACCAGCGAGUUCACGAGGAUUGAAGGAGCAAUGAGUUGGAGGGGUUGGUGGUGGCGGUGUUGGAUGUGGAGAGUGUGUGCGCUUUGACCGUGAGCUGUUUUUAAAAAAAAACCUACUUUUUCUAUGCCUUUUUGCUGGGGGGAAUCUGAAGCUGUAACAAAGUUGGGUCACAGUAAAGUUUACCUGAACUUAA